UCAAGUGAAGUUGAGGAGAAAGAUCAUGUCAAAACUGGAGAAAAACCCUUGACCUGCUCUCAAACCGAACAGAAAGAUUCAAAGAAAAUAAGAGUCAAUAAAUCUUUCACCUGCACUCAGUGUGGAAAGAGAUUCACACACAAAAGAAGUCUUGAUGUUCACAUGAGAAUUCACACUGGAGAAAAACCGUUCACUUGUGAUCAGUGCGGGAAGAGUUUCACUCAAUCAUCAAGCCUUAAGAUACACAUCAACAUCCACACUGGAGAAAAACCAUACAAGUGUCCACACUGUGACAAGAGAUUCAGUCAGUCAGCAAAUCUGAAAACACACGAGAGGAUCCACACUGGAGAGAAACCGUACACAUGUGAUCAGUGUGGGAAGAGUUUCACAAUAAAAGGAAGCCUUACAGAGCAUAUAAGAGUUCAUACUGGAGAGAAACCAUUCACUUGUGAUCAGUGCGGAAAGAGUUUCACAAAAUCAUCAGCCCUUAAUGAACAUAUGAGGAUCCACACUGGAGAAAAGCCGUAUGCUUGUGAUCAGUGUGGGAAGAGUUUCAUACUAUCAUCACAUCUUAAAGAACACAUGAGUAUCCACACAAGAGAGAAAGAUUACAUGUGCUUUGAGUGUGAAAAGACUUUUACUACAGCAAACUGUUUAAAACGGCACCAGAGGAUUCACACUGGAGAA